GUCCUUGUGUUGUUUUUUCCCCUCUAAGUUGGAGCGGUUACCAAGUUUCUCGUGACUGUCUUCACACCAAUGUUCACCUGAAUCAUGUUCCAAUCAUUCAUUUCGCACCAGGUCCGAGAGUUUUCGAUAUUUCACGGAAAAUUGAUUAACCAACCCGUUCGUUAAUUGCUUUACAACUUUAUGACUGCUCUAUUCCCCCCUGGUAGGGCGACAAGGUAAGGUAUUCACCUAACAUUGCCUACAUUUCUAAGCUCUUGGUUUCGAUUUCUACCGGUACUACUCGCUAACUGAACUUUAUUUCUUAACCUUUUAUCCAGUUUUCAGGGCCUCAUAUUCUUCGUUUACGAUCGGGAGGCCGUAAAGAAGGAAGCUGAUCCGCCUGAAAAUGCAAUCGUUUACUUUUAUCCUCCUUCGGUAACAAAUGAUUUAAGUCUUAAUUGUUUAAUUUGUUUUCGUUAAACUAACUCAAGCUUAAGUUUAAGAUAGUUUUGUGAUGGCAGUAAGUGCUACUCUUCGAAAAUUGAAUCUUGAAGUAAAUAUUUGUUGACUCUAUGAUCUUGCAAUUCAUAUAUAGCAAACCUAACAUGAAACGUGCCUACAUCGUGAUUCCAGACCUCCACCGCAAACUUAAUGUUUACUUUGUGGGCACGGUUGUGACAGCAAUUCUGAAAAUGGACCUUAUGCCUGAUUACGUCAGAUGAUGCCAUUGCACCACCAAACCUCAUUUGUAAGCAAAAUUCUUUGCAUUUGCUCUCUGUGUGCAUUGAAGCAUGGGUCUUGUUUUUAACUCUAGUACAUUGGGAAACUUUGCAACUUUACAUUUUCAAAAUGUGGCUUGGUGGUGAAAUUUGCUUCUUUGAUGUAAAUACGCAUAAGGGCCAUUGGACCGUGGGUUGGUCGGGCAGGGGGGUAUGUUGGGGAGUGUACUAAGGCCUGCCUAGAAGUCAAAUAAGAUAGAUACAUACCAAAUUUCUCAAAAAAGUACACCCUGCUCUCAAUAUUCACCUGGGGUCAAUUUAAUGAAACUUUUACAAGUGUAAUUUACAAGUGUAGCUAUAAUGUUUUAGGGUCCGAAAAACACUAGCUACACUGGUAAACAUGUUAUUGAAUUGACCCCUCUAUACUCACUGCUGCAAGGGAAAUUUGGUUCUGUUUUGUUUUUAAUGGUUAGCAGUCAGUGAUAGGAGACUGUUUUUGCAGGCAAAAAGUUUUGUUUCAAUUUCCAGACCAGAGUAUAUGUAAUAUGCUAACAACACCCAAAUAGCUUCAUGAUAUUGUACCACCAAAUCUCAAAUAUAUGUGAUUAAGUUACUUAUUUGGUGUUUAGGAAAAAACACUGGAAGGGUGCUUAUUCACAGGUAUCAUUAAAUGUGUGUCUGCAAACUGAAAUUAUUAUGUUCUUAGAAGAAGAGGGUAUUAUUGAAGGGGGGUAAAAAAGGGGGGAUGCUGGGGGUACUCCUAUACAUUACCUACACGGGUAUGUGCCGCCCAACGGGGUCGUGAUUUUGACGCUCCUGAUUUAGAACAGGGUAUCCAUUUCAGAGGGGUUUGCAGAACGGGGUAUAAUAUUUUGAACGCAUGAAAGCUCCAGUUUUGAAAGAAGCCAUUUGAAAUUAUUCAAGGACAGAUUGCUUUUAAAAUACGGCUCAAUGCAUUAACAAGCAAACUGUUGUACUCUUGUUGCACCCUAGAACAGAGUAUAAAAUAUUGGCCCAUUUCUAGAACGCGGUAUCAGUUUUAGGGCGAAUCCUAGAACGGGGACUAAAAAAUUGACCCAUUUCUAGAAUGGGGUAUCAAUUUUAGGGGAAAUUUUUUUUAGAAUGGGGUGCCAAUUUGGAGUCCCGGGCGGCACAUACCCACCCAAAAAAUACCCAAGUACCCACCCUGGGGUUCUUAGAAGAAAAGAGGGUAUUAUUGAAAGGAGGCAAAAAAGGGGGGAUUGCUCUUUUUCUGCUCUUCUGCCAGCCCGAGUUUUUCAAAAGGUGGAUAAUGCUUUUCAAUGACAGGAUAAAUCUCUAAUCAGUGCAUAACAUAAUUGAUUCGCCUACCACUUAUCCACUGGAUAGUGCUAUCUAACUUUUGAGCAAAUGGGCCUGCCAAGUUAUUCGAUCUUAAUGUCGAGAGAGUUUUUUAUUAUUGUUUGACUCAAGUUUCCAACCACAUCUGUUCUCAUCUGAUGAUAGGACCUUUAGAAUUUGUUGUGAUUUUGUUCCCUCAUGUUAACUAAGAUUGUUGUACAAUUUGGCUUGCUAUUCCCACCUACAUUAUCCUGCUUUGGUAGCUAUAUGGUUUGCACAUAGCUGAAUUAUUAGCAGAGACUGUAACUGUAAGAGCAUUUUGUUGUCUUAGAAAUGAGAACUGCACUUAUAAAAACUAACCUUUAGAAUAUUGUUUUCAACAGGCAUCUAUUGAAGAUCGAAUCUCCAUAUGUGGGCAACUAAUUGGAAUGUCGCAUUUUAUUCAUGGCUUCAUUGGUUCCAGACCAGCUCUGUGUAAGAUGCAAACUGAAAAGGUGGCAACUGUUCAUUCUGGCAAAUACACCUUGGUUAGUUAAAUUAUUAAUAGUUCUUUGUUAAUUAGUUUUCGGCUAAGAGAUCCAUCAGAACUGACAUCUGCAUACUGAUAUAACCAAUUUUUUUCCCAUUUCAAUCAGUCACUCAAUCCUACACUCAGACCUAACAGUACCAUGAUUACAAUUUUUUUAACACAGGCACUUGGUGGAAGUCUUGGUGAACCUGAUUCAUUAUUGAUCAGGCAGCUGGAAACACUUUUCAGUCUUUUUACCUUUUACCAUGGUUCGCUAGAGAGGGUCAGAAUGGUGAGUUCAUCUUUGUGGGUAACUGUUGCAGUCUAAACAAUGCUUCCACAGGAUACCUUUGUGGCUUACAUACAUAAAUUUUGAAGGAAUGAGAGUAACUUACUCACACCUUGUUUAACUAGUUCCCUCCCCCCCCCUUCCCCCUCACUGACAACAACAAGCAGAUUAUCAAGUUUUCCAGCAACAGAGCCCUAUUGCUUAUUUCUUAUGUACAUUCUCCAGGAAGACUAGACAUGUGAUUGUACUCCAUGGAUGUGUUAUUCAUAUGUAUUCUUGGCUGCAGAUACAGUAUCAAAUUCUUGGGUGCGGCAAAUCAUAAUGUUGAUAGACAUAAGAAUUAGCAAGAGUGAAUGAUGAAGUUUAUCAAAAUAUGCUUUGAAAAGCAAGAAAAAACCAAUUGUUUUGAGGGUGCUUUCUCUUCCUCAGUAGUUUAAAAGCAACUGAAACAUGCGUGCACAAUGUAACAUUCAAAUAAUAUUCCAAACAAAUAUGUAACUUUACAUGCGCACACUGACUUUGAGAGGUUAAGUCCACAUUCAGUUCAGCUGGGUCUAGUGUCCAGUGUCUGAAUAUCAUUCUGGCCUCAAAUGUGCACCUUAGUGAAUUAGUAUUUGCAGUUAAUAUUAGAUCUAUUAAACUAGCAGUUAUUCUUUAUAACAGUACAUUAAAUUAAUGCUUAUGUUAAUUUGCCAGAUUAUUCUUUCCUGUCAAUCCAUUAAUGCAUUUUUUAGAUGUGUGAGACACAGAAGCAGUUCUUGACACGCAUGAAUAUCAUCUGGGAUUGUUAUCUGCAUUUUGUUCGUCACUAUGGGGAUUUCUUACCAGGAGUUUUUGAUCCACUUCCAUUUCUUGACCUUCCAAAAGUAUGUAUUGUUUAUUGUACAGCAAACAGCGGCUGCACGUUCUCCGUACUUAUUUUAAGACCCUGAGUAUUGGAGCAGCCCAAACAGGCUUUUAGCCAGGCAUUGAAACUGGCUGUCCAGAAGGCAUGUUUUCCCAUAAAAUUAUGAGAGAUUAAGUGAAUUUUCCUUGUAUUUCUUCCAAAAAUGGGCAUCCAUAGGACGGUUGGACACCUUUCUGGCUAAAAUGUUGAGCCCAAACCUCGUUCUACUGUUCCAUUGUUUGGUUCCCAACCAACUGAGCUAACUGUUCUGUUUAGUGUCUGAUGAAAUUAAGAUGGUUACUAGUUAAUGAAGGUUGAAGUGAAAGACCUAAUGUUUGGUUUUGUCAGCUUAGAAAAAGAAAAAUGGAAUUUCCUUUUCCCUUUUCCCAUUUCCACUUUUGGUUUUGAUACAUGUAACUGAGUUAAUUGAUACUGUAUUGCUGUAAAGUGCCUUUUAGUUUAGACAUCACUGGUAAUGGUGCAAUAUAAAUGAAGUAUUAUUGCUAUUGUUGCUGUUGUUGGUUGGUAUAGAAAGUUCCAAAACUCAGGGCAAAAUUUGAGACAAAAAACGAAUAUUUUGUUGGGUUGUGUAACAGAAAAGUUAUGUAUCCGCAAGAGAAGAUUGCUCUUUUUUGGUCUCCAAUUUUGCCCUGAGGUUUGGAAUUUUCUGUACUAAAUGUCUUUGCCAGAGCAGGUGAAGAACCUUUUUUGGUAACGUUGUUGUUGUUGCUGUUAUUAUUAUUAUUAUUAUUAUUAUUAUUAUUAUUAUUAUUGUCAAUUAGGUGAAUUGGCUUUAAAAGGAAACUUUAGCUUAUUAACCCCCAAUAGUACCCAAAGUUAAAUCAAAGAAAAAUCCUAAAGUCUGGUUUGUAAAAUAUUGAAAAAGGAUAAUUACCAUGUGAAAGUACUACAGUCAACACCUCGGUAAAACAGACACCUGGAGUUGGUCCAUGACUUUAUUUACUCCAUCUUGUUGACUCUCUAUAAGACGGACAUCACUCUUAGAUGGACACUUAAUAGUGCCAGUCCCAAAGUCAUCCAUCUUAGAAAGAGUUGACCGACUUAAUAGCUUUUAUUUGAAUGAUCCCACCACAGGAUGUCAUACACAGACUCAGAACGGCCAGUCAGAACAGUCAGUCUGCUCAAAACUAACCUGUAUGGUAGGCGAUUAAAAGGGGAUGGAAAAGGGAGAAUUUAGGGGCAUGAUUACAUCCUCCCUUCACGUGCGUCCAUCCAGUUCCCGCUGGAUUUAAUCCGCCCUUUUCCCUUCAAACAACUGCCACGCAGGCUAGCUCAAAACAGUCUUCCUGGUUGUCAUAGAUAUGUGGUAAAUGCCUUUUGUCAUUACUUUUAUAGCGUCAUCUUAUUGUUUUGUUUGAUUUUUGUACAGAGAGUUGCCGCCACGUGUUUUACUAAAGCGUCAUACAUUCUACAAGCCUGUCAACGCCGAAAACACAUUCUGGGAGGAUGCAUUCUUUACAGUAACAGGUUGAAAGUAUUCCUUUAUUAAACAUAAACACAGGUCACAGGUCACAGGUCACAGGUCACAAAUGCAUGUCACUGCUCUAUUGAUAAGUAACUCAGGAAAACAGUUUCCCCUCUAGCUUAAACUCCAUUUCAGAAUGUGAUUAGGGCUAGGAGACACUCUUAAUGUUGUUGAUUUGCCGUAGCACGGUGACCUGUACUCUAACCUGCACUUGUGACCUGUGACCUGAAUUUUAUACCUGUGGCCUGUGUGGCAGGGUUCUAGAAAGGUAUGGGCGUAAUUUAAAAUAAGAGCGUUGGCCUCGAGGAAAAGGGACUCGCGAGUAUAUUUCUCCCUCGCAUACAUCAUUUAUUUUACGUUUUUCUUUGGCGCAGAAGAGUGGACAAUCCCGAUCAGGCAAAAGUUAGUUCCAUCGUAAGUUCAGUAAAAAGGGCAACAACAACAAGUGACUUGUUUUGCAACAUUCCUACAAAACGAGGUUGAAAAGCAAUGUUGCGCGUUUUACCACCCGUGUUCAAACCUGUCUAGCAAGUCAAGUCAGGUUGUUGCAAGUUGCUUGAAUACUGACCUCUGAUUGGAGAAAAUUACGCGGAAGUCACGUCAUACACGCAAGUUGCGUCACUAGUUGCAAAACAAGUUUACAUCGGCCUUUAAAAUGCACAACAUGGACAGAUUUUGUUGCAAAAAGUAGAACUACUCUACUUUCUGCAACAAAUUUUUGCAAUUUGCAUUGACCUGAUUUGUUGCAAGACAGGUUUGAAUGUGGUUGGUAAAACGCGCAACAUCGCUAUUCACUCGUUUUGCAACAGUGUUGUAAAAUAAGUUGCACGAUUUUAUUCUCCGUUUUACCGUACCUUUACCUUCGUGGGUUUACCCAAGCGAAGCUGCAGUAAAAAGAACUUAUGACCUUUAAAUGACAACAUGACUUCAUGCAUGUUGGUUAAUUAAAAUCGAUGUUUCCGCGAUCCCAAAUGGCUACAUACGUGUAAUCAUAAUAGAAAGUUAUUUGCUCAUGUGGGCACGUAUGUUAUUUUUCAGCAUUUUGUGCACCCAAUUUGAGCCGUCCAUUACAGAGAGGCUGAUUCUCUUAAAACCCAACCAAAGCAACGUAAGCAUCUUGUUUCAAGGAAGUUGUUGAGUGCUUUUUAGGACUUUAAAUGAUUUUCUCAGUGUUAUUUGUUUCUUUCUUAUAAACAGCUUCCAGCAAGGCCUGUUAAAACCGGUAAGUUUCCUUUUGUUUCCUUAUAGAUAAAGCAUCCACGGUUACUGCAAUCACGAAUUUCCGUAGCCUGCUUGAGGUUUGACUGUAAUUUUGGAAGACCUACUAUUUUCAGCUUGGAUUUGUUAUCAUUUUUCCUUAGAACAUGUUCUACCAUUUGGCGUACGUAUCCUGAAUGCGUUUCUGACACUGUCCGAGUAUUUAAACCUUUACGACGCUCUGUCAGAGUCUGCUUACAGACAAUCUGUCCGUUCAGAUUCCACUGGGGCGUUUCCUGAUAUGUACACCAGACCCCAUUCACCCGAGACCAGUCGAAACCCUUCAGAGGAUCUCGGAGGCCAUAAGCUGCAACAGCAUUCGAGCGGUAACGUUGCUUCUUCACACGAGAGCUCAGUUGGUGAAUCCCCCGAGAAAAAAAGUGAUUCUGAUAAAAAUUGUCCAGAAAAUGAAGUCUCUGCUGUUCCAUCUGAUGCGCCUGGUGGUCAUAUGCUACAAGCUGAAAAAAGAGGUGUGGAUUCUGAAGUUGUAACAAUAACACGUGGUACUGAGCCUUUGUCUUCAGUUAAGUGUAAGGAUGAAAGCUCUGAGGAGGCCACGUGGAAAACACAAGGUGAUGGUGUGAGUAACAUUUCUGUUGAACAUUCGCAUGAAUUUGGUGGCAGAAAUCGGCACGUUGUUAUAACAGGGGUUGAAGAAAUUGAAAGCGGAUCACGUGUAUUGAAAGCCGAGACUGGGGAAGAGAGUGAUGAAUGCUUAGUUAGUGUUUUGGCAGAUGAUAAAUACACAGAAAAUGAGGAAAAUGGUAUUAAGGCAAGCGAGACGAAAGACGAGCGAAAUGAAGUGGAGGUUCGAACUCAUUUGAGAUCCGAGGUGAAGCAAAAUGAAAUCGAGGCUGGGUCUGGUGUGGUUACAAAUAGAACUAAGGUGGACAAACGCAAGAACGAGGUGCUAGAUUUUUUAACCCGUAAAAGAAGAGGUGGGAAGAAAGAUAAAGGGGAUGCUAAGGCUGUGAUUGCACGGGAAAAAGAAAAAGCAGAGAAAGACGGUAGCACUGCUAGUCCACAGGAAAGGGCUGGAGGCGAGGGAGACGCAAAUGAUACUACCUCUGUUAGAACUAAGGAAAGCAGCAUAGGUGCUUUCUCUAAACCAGAACACAGGGCAAUGGAAAAGGGUGAUGCCUUGAACACGGCUUUCGAUACCAGAUCAUGUGAGUCGUUAUACGACAUUGGUGUUAGGAGUAUGGCUUUUGAUAGUUCUUGUGAGAGUAAUCUGUCCAGUGUAAGUCUCACCAUGGAAACUGUAGACGUGUUGCGAAUAAAAGUUGUUGAAUGUAGUGGUACUCGGUUUGAUAAACUGGAGCGCUGUGAACGCGAGCAGGACAAGAAUACAAGUGUGCCUUGCUCGACAACCGAUGACUCAAAGUUUGGCAUACUGGGAUCAUCAGAAAACGAGGAGACUUACCCUCCGGUCUUGAAUGGAUUGAUUCCAAAAGUUUUUCAGAUCUUUGAGGAUGGCAAUGUUGACCGUAAGAGCCUCAAGUCUUCCAGUGGCUCAGAAAAGUGUUGUCAGGCAUGUGCAGAUGUAAAGAAAUCGAGUACCUAUAUCUCGACGGAUUCGAACGUUCGUGGAUCUCAUGAAGAUGGCGGUGAGGUACGUGGCAAGGAAACUUGCACAAAUAAAGAUCCCUCCUCUGUUGAGACAGAUUCAGAAAGCGGAUCAGAGGAUCUCUUGCCAGAUGAUCAAGAAACAGAUUUUAGCGAAACUAACCCAAGAGAUGGUGAAAGAGCAAACUGUGGUACAGACACAGACACAAACACACCAAGCUCGGUUGAAGUUAAGGAGAAUUCCUCCAAAGAUCUCGCUUCGAGAAAUGAAUUAAUUAAGACUCCAAUAGUUUGUGACUCUUUUGCGGUUCGAAAUCUCAACUCGCGCUCUCCCGAAAAGUUCUUGGAAAAGUCCUUUGUUGCUACCGCAGAAGAUUUAAAAACUGAAAGAAGUGAUACAUCUAAUGCAGGCGCAAAUGGCAAAUGUAGUUCAUUGGUUGAAAAUGACUCAUAUGAAGAAACAUCAGAAAGUCGAAAGACUCUGGGAAAUGUUUCGGAGAAUCCGGUCUCGAGUGUAGUAGUCGAUGAUAGGAUGUCCGUGCCUAGAUCAGAAAUUGAAGGGACCGCGAAAAAUGCUUCCGAAAUUUUUCAUUCAAAUGGUGCUUCCAAUGCAGAAGUCGAUGGUGGGAACCCUCCGACUGAAUCGCUGAACCAUAUUGAAUACGACUCGCAGAUUCAUAUAACAAAUGGUCAUGAGGGACCAGCCGCAAUUGGUGUGGUUGGUAUGCCUGUUGACUCUGCACAGGAGGAGAUAGAGGGCUCUUCUCAUGAUCAGUGGCAAGAACCACAAUUUCCUGUUCAACCGGAAGAUGAUGAGGGAGAGGCACUCUGGUUUGAAGAAGAUGGCGAUGAUAUAAACCAGGUAACGAACUCUGUUACUAUACCAUAUAGUAUACGUUUUUUGACUGGGUACAUGACAUCGGAAUGACUUUCAUUCCGGAAUGAGUUUCUCCAAGAAUGAGGUUCGUACUACUGCUUUUUUAUUCACAUGGCAAAAUCGACUGGCACAGCCUAAAGGUGAUGUUACACGGGGCGAUUUGCAACGACGAUUCUAAGAGCUACAAUGUCGUAACAAUAUUGUGACAGUUCGAAACGGUGGUUCAACAAUUUUGCAACGUUUUGUUGCGCUGAAAAUCGUCGUUGCGAAUAGUCCCGUGUAACAUAACCUUUAGGCGUUCUCGCUCGCGUGGUUUUCGCGCCAGAUCAGUUACGCAUGCGCCACUCGCCCCAGACUAGACGGGGAGCGAUUUUCAAUUGGGAAUGAAUUUCGUUGUCAGUUUACUUGAAAUCAGAAUGAAAUUUCAUACCAAACCGAGAAUUUUAUUUGGAUUGAAAAUCGGAAUGAACUCAUUCCGGAAUGACUUUGUAUCGGUAUCAAUUCAUGUAAACGAAUACAGACGGGGAACAUUAUACAACUGUCUCCUCAAGGGGAGGUGAAUAGUGGUGGUAAAGUCCAGUCAAAAGCACCACGCCAAUUUCUCGCGGUAAAAGGGUCAUAAGUGUCCCGUGUAACCGCACCUAUUGGCAAAACAACAACUUUGCACGUGCAUCACGCGUUUUUGUACAUUUCUUAGCUGUAGCUGUACGACUACAACAUGAAAGUACCUAAUUUCACGUUUUGUCGAGGACGUGAACACAAGACGACAACUUUCUUUUUCUUUUCCUGAACUUUGAUACAGUCCUUUAGAAUUCAGCUACCCAAAAAAAUUGCUAAUAUUUGACGAAUUAAACGAGAUGGAAUGAGCGCGAUAAAGUUUGAGGCAUCGCUAAUUCACUUUUUAAUUGACGUUUCGUAGCCGUUGCCGUCGUUGUUGCUUAAACUCCCUGCUCUUGCAAAAUCUGCCUAAUGAGGGAGACAAUGACGCCAUUCCUUUGCUAUGACAACUUCGACUGUUUUCCUCUUAUCUGCGAUAUAACAUUACAUUAUAGCAAAAAUCAUAAAAAAUAUUUAUCUUUCUCUAGUACUGUUGCAGUAAGCGUUUUUCGAUAUCUCAGUUAAUGGUGACAUAAGUAAUUUUUAAAACUUUGCAGGUGUUGCUCCUUAAACGCUACAAACGUUCAAUGGAACCACCGUAUUCAGUCUCCUUUUACAGAAAAUAUGCCGGAGUAGAAGAUAAGGACUUAUGGACCCUUGUGCCCUCUAAAUAUACAGGGUGUCACUAUAACUCACGUUACACAUUUUUGUUUCGUUUCCUUUGACUACAGGUGGAAGGCUUGACUCACGUGAACCUUUACGUACAGGCUCAUUCCAAAGUUGUGUUGAUUCUUUUGGCCGAGGAGGGACUGAAUACUGAUUGUAAAGCCAUCAAAGCUUUGGUAAGUCCGGGUGCAACUUUGUUGGCGAAAUGUUGAUAUAUUAGAAAUAUAAAACCCAAAUAAUGCUUUCCUUUCUAGUUCAUCCUCACUGUGUAUUGGCCUUUUUGAGAUUGCAAAAUAGCCUCCCCAAAAUAGUACCAAAGUGCAAUAGGCUCUUUGCAUCUAGUCAUAGUCACGUGGUACCAAACCGCUAUGCUGGAGAACUAGAGAAGUAUUGGAACAACCCAAACAAAAGGCUCUCGUCAUUUAAAAUUUAACACAGAAUCCAUUAGAAAAUUGAGUAAUUUUAAUUUUCAGUGGACAAAAACCUUGUACCAGAAUGAUUUACAGAAUAUCGCAUUCUUUUUUACAUUUUUCAAGGGCUACAGAUAUAAUUGGUAGUUAUCUGUAAUAACACCAAAGACUAUUUUUCAUAGGAGCCCGAGAAAAUAAAUGUCAAAUUUCACAAGAAUUGUGAAAACACAGGUAGAAUUCUGAAAAAUUGGUUUGGUAAGCAAGGUGUAUUUUGGGCAAAGUGAAAAUUGUGAAUCGUUGUUUUGGCUUCUUAAGUUCACUUGAAGUCGUCCUUAUCGUGUAUUAACUUACAAAGUGGCUAAAUCAGUAUUUUCUAAAACAUUCAAAUGAGCAUUACAUGUGAGCCUUAUUAUUGAUAACAUGGAACUAAUGCAUAGAAUAUGACCCAAUUGAUCUCCUUUCAGUGGGAAACAUCGCUCAAUCAACUUGGCGAACUGGAAUUUCUAGUCAAGCAGUCUUCAGGGGAUGAACCAGCAACGGUAUGUGCCAGUUUUAGCUUUUAGUUUUCAAGCUUCCAUCUAAGAAGGAAAAUGCCUUGAUCGCACAACGCAAAAUUGUCUUUGAUUGGCAAAAAGGAAAUAGACAGAAUCGUUCAACAAGAAGCCAACACGAAGUGCCAACAUUACAAAGGCAGCACUUUCUCCUCACAGAUUGUUGGUGAUGUGGACUCCGAAAGUACGAAUUUAUAUUGAAGUUGUGAACACCGCAGUUGUAAUCGCAAUUUAGGCAAUUGUGUAUUAUUCCAUACGUCUCACUUGGUAGGGCGCCAAUGCAGAGGAAAUGGGUUCGAAUCCCCUUGAAACGUUCUCCUCUGUUAUUUUAAAACCUUGAGUUCUGGACCGGCCAGGGUUUGAACUUGCUGCUUCGCAUGCACGGCAGACCGGCGGCCAACUAAUUGAGCUUGGCGGGCGGCGAUAAAAACAACUUUACACAAGAACUCGAACCCGGGUCCGAUGGCAUGAGGUUCGCCAGCUUUGUCACCAGGCCAUGAUAACCUAUGUUGGGGGCUAACAGGAAGCGUACCUUUGGGGUUGGAAAUUGCUUUGUCAGAAGAGAAGGUGUUGUUUAGUUUAGAAAGCUUAGUAAGUUGAUAUGCCUAGCAUACCAAGACAGAAGUGAAAGUUUGUAAUGUAUGUUUGUUUUAGCCCCACUCCGAUGAAUAUAGCUUCCUUGUUUACGAUGGUUUCGAGAGGAACAUGAAAGGUAAAUAGCAUCACGUUUAGAAGUCGUGUAUUGUCGUAAGUAACUGAUCAUUUCGUAUAUAGCAAUCUCACCCCCUCUCUCGUUUCUGGAUCCGCCCUUGUUACUGCCAUUUUGCAUCCAGCGUCAUGGGCGCGGAAUAUUUGUUACAUCUUUUUAGGGCAAAAAUUGUUUAAGUGUGAGAUAUGUUUUUUCUAACGGAUGGAUUCUCCUCGACUAUACGUUUUAUGACUACCUUCUAAACAAUUCCUUUUGGUACAAUCCUGAAGUAAAUGUCGGCUUCCCACCGACAAAUCAAGAUAUUUUGCGAUAACCGAGUUCAAUAAUUGUUUUAUCAUCCGAUCACCGAGUUUGUUUUUUAAUUAUUUGCGAAGCGAUCUGCCAUUGUCACGCAAAAACGAUCGCAAGAAAGAGAAAAGCGUGGUUUCAUUUACUCAUGAGCAAAAUAUUAUUUGCAACCAAACACAGUUAGGCGAUAUUGCGCAUGAGAAGACCAUUAUUUGUAAGCAGCUAUUUGCAGGUAACGUGGUGGGCUCUUAGCCAAUGAAAAGGUAAAAAAAUUUGUAUCGAAUGAUAAUUCUUAAUGCAACACCCUGCUGUUUCUAAAGAGUCUUGUUCUAGUAACCGAGACAAAGUCGGUGACGAUCUGUAACAGACAAUGAAAGUACGUAUGCAAGCUCAUUAUAAUUUUUGAGUGUUUUAAAGAUUUAGGGUUUAUUGUGAUUUCAGGGAAUCUGGAUGAACUAGUCCAUCAGGUGGAUCAUUUGUUCUGUGAAACAACCCAAGUUCUACAUGAACAGUUUGAAAAUUGCUCAACCCUGAAGGAUGUCUUACUCAGGUUCGUCCUCGAUAGCAGUAAAUGGAUUAAUAGAUAAAUAUCUUACUGUACUUCACCAACACUGUCUCUGGAGACUUCAGGUCUAAAGCUACGCCCAAAACUACUUUUUAACAAUUAUUGGACGAGGCUGAGUAUCAUCUGAAGAAUUAUGGAGAUCGACGCGCGAGGAGGGUGUUGCCCGCCUCGCCUCUGCCGCCUUGAUCUCCAUAAUUCUGUAGAUGAUACGAAAAUCGAAUUCAAUAAUUGUUUUAUUAUUCAUUGAAAAUAAUUCCUAGUUUAACUGAAAACAAGCCAAAACAUGCUUACCUUCAUCGAUGUUAAGUUCAUCUUCAAUUGCCUGUUUAUCGGCAAGUUUAAAGAUAAAGAGUUGUUCAGAGCUGAAAAUAUUCUCCAAUUAGCAGAUGUCGUCCGUCGAGUUGUCUUCUUGCUGUUCUUGCUAUGUUUUUAGCCAAUAGUUCGCCUAUUUGUUGCGAAAAUCCUUAAAAAAGAAUGACCGAGACCUUGCUUUAUGAGCCCGCGAGACUGAGCACCCCACCCAAACCCUUUGUUCCACUAAAACCGCUGGACGCCACAACCUGGUUGAGGUCAUUGUUAUCUAAGGUCUUCCAUUUCUUGCUCGUGAAACGAGUGAAAUGUUCCGCCAUUUUGUACUCACUACCAAAACAACACAACCUCGUCCCCAGGUCUUCUCGGUUAACUGUUCAGUUCUGUGGAAAUAGGCCACUUCCGAGUUUCAAAAACCCUCACUUUCAAAAUGAGGCUAGGUGCACAACCUUUCCCGUGAAAAGAAAUGAGUUUUAUUUGCAUGAGAAUGAAAAAUUAUUUCCAUAUCAAAGGCAGAGCGCCUACCCUUGUUUUGAAACAGAGGCCCGGGGGAACUCGGAAAUGGCCUAUUAUGCUGCACAAUUGACGUCAUUUCUCACAUAUCUCAGAAUUCUUCCAAAUUUGGUCGACAGUAGCUGAUUAUUAUGAAUUAUGCGUGGGAUUUUAGCCAAUCAGAGGCGGGGAAACAUUUUGAAUGAAUAAUAAAAUAAUUUAUUGAAUGAAUAAUCUCACUCCUUGGCCCGGCUUCUUGGUUUUCCUAUGGUUGGGUACAACUUCUUAGAACUUCACGGACUCGAAGCUGUGUUGAGUAUUGAGUGAGUUCAGCUUUCAGACGUGAAAGUACAAAUAUUUUCAGUGAAAGUAAAUAUACCUUUUUCGGUAGUGUCUGACCGUUUCGUGCAGAUCUCUCAGUUUUAUGUUUAAAGCGAGAUAAUUCCGUGAUCCGGGAAUGCAUGCAUGCACCGGUACUUAGCUAUGGAAAUUGUUGGAGCAGUAAGAAGUUAAAUAUGUGGGUUUUAUUUUCUUUCUAGGAAUCGUUCUUCCACGGUGUAUGGAAAGCAUAACCUGGGUAGAGGAACAUACUUUCAUUGGAAGAGCCCUUACAGAACAAAUCAUGGAGUUCCCUCUUGUCGUGAUCCCUUCUUAAAAUUAGAGAAAAGAGCGGCCAAAGUUCUCAACAAAGACCACGGGGUGAACGUUUUCUAAGGUGUCCUAUUGCUGGUUUGUACGGGAAGUCACGGCGGCCAUGUUGAUGGCAGGAAUAAAGCAUUUCUCUCCUCUGGGAAUUAUACUCCAUUCUCUUGUAAACUUUUCGAAAAAAUAUUUGAAUUGACCACCAACGCGGCCGCCUUCUCACGUGGUUGCAAACCGUGAAUUAUAUUAUGGUUGGUUCCGCGCAACUUCGUUCCCAGGAUUCUCUCAUACCCGUCCAUGUGGAGCGAGAGAGAAAGAGAGAGAGGCCCUCCUGUUUGUGCUUGUAACCUAUUUACAGCAAAAUGCUCCAUAUUUUGAGGAGAGGUUCACUUCUCGAUCAUGUGAAAAAGCUUAAGUGUUAAAUGUUUUUAUACUAUUUUUGAUAUUCAUGCAGAGUCAUGUGGUUGAGUUAAAUCCUGUUGGAUGUAAGGUGUGCGAUAUUAUACUAGCUAGAAUUUUUGUCUUGAAAACAGUGAUUUUUCCUUUCGCUUUAUAGCUUAGCCGUAGACUUUGGUUUGUUAUUCGAAGGCCUUCCCUUACAGCAAAGACCCACUAAGUGCGAAGUUUAUUUUUAUUGUUACUUUUUUAAAAACUUUCUUCAAGGAUUGUCAUUAUUUGCGUUCUUUUUAUUCUUUUCUUUUUUCUCUGUGCAUUAGAAUUCGUCGUAUACAUUAUAAUUAAUACAAUGUUAAAAACAAUAAGAAGGCAAAGUUUCUACUGGCAGAUAGUUGACCGGAGGCAUGAAACUGAUCUGAGUCAACCGUCAAAGCCAAGUAAAUCGAUCGAGGGUGAGUCUUCUAAUUGGUUAAUUUAAACAUCUUGUAUUCUUUUUCAAAACGAUAGCGUCUGAUGAUUAAAUCAUAAAGUGUUUUUUGGUAUAAAAACUCAGGUAUCCUUUCGUGAAACCGAUUUUAAGAGAGUACACCAGCCAAGCAGAAUCUCAGGGUUAUGCCCCAAUACACUGCUGGUGGAGUUUCACCAAAGUUAUUUAUAAACAUGUGAAAUAGAGCAAAAGUCAUAUUUUAGAGUUGUUUGAAGGUACUCUCGUUAAAUGCCAUACAUAGACAGCAUGCUCUAAUGUUACAUGUACCACACUUACAUUCCAUAAGAAGAAAAAAUAAAGGAAUGAAUCAAGAAA